AUGUUUUUCAUUGAAUUCAACUCGUACGACUACAAAGAGCUUUCUUUGCUUACGGACCGGAAACUCUUUUAUGAUCAAUUGAACCUCUGCUCUAUCAGUCUUGUUCGUGGUCUUAAUGCUGGUCAGUUGGUGAUGGCUACUGUUAAGAAACUGUUACGGAAGUAUAAUUCCGGUAUUGAUGCUACUGUGAUAGGAUUGAAAAUUGAGUAG